GCGCGAGCCGCCGGGAGGGGGAGGGGGAGGAGGAGAAAGAAGGGCCCAACUGUAGGAGGGCAGCGGAGCAUUACCUCAUCCCGUGAGCCUCCGCGGGCCAGAGAAGAAUCUUCUAGGGUGGGGUCUCCAUGGCGACGGGCGGGCCCGCCCCCCUGAGAGCGACGCGAGCCAAUGGGAAGGCCUUGGGGUGACAUCAUGGGCUAUUUUUAGGGGUUGACUGGUAGCAGAUAAGUGUUGAGCUGGGGCUGGUUAAGGGCUCAGAGUUGCACUGAGUGUGGCUGAACCAGGGCGGCGGGAGUGGCGUGCGCGGACUCGGCGAGACGGGCAGUCGGGACGGCGCUGGUGUCCGCCCCGCACAUCUCACUUUCUUCUCCAUUUCCUCACCAACUGCCCAGAGCUAGCGCCUGUGGCUCCCGGGCUGGUGUUUUGGGGAGCGCCCAGAGAGCCCCUUCUCCAGCCGCCCCCAGGAGGAGAGCCCCGCUGCCUGGGCGCUGCUGACAGCGCGGAGAGCGGCGACUGUCGCCCGGGAAGUCCAGAGAGGGGCUGCAGCGGCAAAGAACUUUCCUGGCCAGGAGGACAGGGGACAACUGGCCCCCGGGUCCCGGAGCGAACUUUUGCAAAGCUUUCCUCCGCCUGAAGCGGCCGCGGCGGCGGAGAGGAGAGAGGGGCGACGCGCGCUCCGCCUCGCUCGCACCGGUUGCUGAACUUGGACGAGCGCGAGCCGCGGCUGCCGGGCGCCCCCUCCCCCUCGCAGCGGAGGAGGGCACGGUCGUCGGAGUUGGGCGGCGGAGACCCGCCGCCGGCCGGCCGCUGCGAGGUCCGCGCUGAUCGGCGCCGCCAGGAGCGCCGCUGUCGCCGGGCAGCGAGUUCGUCCGCGGGCCCGAGGCACCGCUGCGCCGGAGCGCGCUCCGUGAGUGACCGCGACUUUUCAAAGGCGGGCAGCGCGCGCGAGCCGGCGAGUGAGAGUGCGGGCGGCGUCUUCACCCUGCGUUCCCUGGAGCGAGCCGGGGAGGCGGGCGCAGCGGCGCGGGCGGCCGGCGGGUGCGCGCGCUCCUAGAGAAACUUUCCUCGCCCAAGGCCCGGGAGGCGCGGGUGUCCCCGCUUGCCAGCGCACUGUUGCGGCCCCGAAACUUCUGCGCGCAGCCCAGACUAACCCUACGUGAAGUGACGGGCUGUUCUAUGACUGCAAAGAUGGAAACGACCUUCUACGACGAUGCCCUCAACGCCUCGUUCCUCCAGUCCGAGAGCGGCGCCUACGGCUACAGUAACCCCAAGAUCCUGAAGCAGAGCAUGACCCUGAAUCUGGCCGACCCGGUGGGCAGCCUGAAGCCGCACCUCCGGGCCAAGAACUCGGACCUCCUCACCUCGCCCGACGUGGGGCUGCUCAAGCUGGCGUCGCCCGAGCUGGAGCGCCUGAUAAUCCAGUCCAGCAACGGGCACAUCACCACCACGCCGACUCCCACCCAGUUCCUGUGCCCCAAGAAUGUGACCGAUGAGCAGGAGGGCUUCGCCGAGGGCUUCGUGCGCGCCUUGGCCGAACUGCACAGCCAGAACACACUGCCCAGCGUCACGUCGGCGGCGCAGCCCGUCAGCGGGGCGGGCAUGGUGGCUCCCGCGGUGGCUUCGGUGGCGGGCGGCAGCGGCAGCGGCGGCUUCAGCGCCAGCCUGCACAGCGAGCCGCCUGUCUACGCCAACCUCAGCAACUUCAACCCGGGCGCGCUGAGCAGCGGCGGCGGGGCGCCCUCCUACGGCGCGGCCGGCCUGGCCUUUCCCGCGCAGCCCCAGCCGCAGCAGCAGCCGCCGCAGCCGCCGCACCACCUGCCCCAGCAGAUCCCCGUGCAGCACCCGCGGCUGCAGGCCCUGAAGGAGGAGCCGCAGACGGUGCCCGAGAUGCCCGGCGAGACGCCGCCCCUGUCCCCCAUCGACAUGGAGUCCCAGGAGCGGAUCAAGGCGGAGAGGAAGCGCAUGAGGAACCGCAUCGCUGCCUCCAAGUGCCGGAAAAGGAAGCUGGAGAGGAUCGCCCGGCUGGAGGAAAAAGUGAAAACCUUGAAAGCGCAGAACUCGGAGCUGGCGUCCACGGCUAACAUGCUCAGGGAACAGGUGGCACAGCUUAAGCAGAAAGUCAUGAACCACGUUAACAGUGGGUGCCAACUCAUGCUAACGCAGCAGUUGCAAACGUUUUGAGGAGAGACUGUCGGGGGCUGAGGGGCAACGGAGAAAAAACAAUAACACAGCGAGACAGACUUGAGAACUUGACAAGUUGCGAGAGAGA